GCGGAUGGGAGAUGCCUUCAAGAAUGCUGGCCUCAUGCUCGCUCCAGUGCUCGCGAUCUUUCUAGGAUUUGUUUGUAUUUAUGGAAACCAUAUUUUGAUAAAUUGCUCCAAAGAGUUAGGACGUCGCAGGAAGAUGAGACAGUAUCCUACCUUCCCCGACACUAUGGAGUGGUCCUUCCAGACAGGGCCCAAGUGCUUCCAAAGAUUCUCUCGUACUAUUAGAUUUAUUGUGUCCUUUUUCAACAUUAUGGCUCAACUUGGAUCUUGUUCGGUGUACUUCGUGAUCAUAUCGUCUACAUUGCAUAAGAUUCUGUCUCGGCUCGGAUAUCUAGUAGAUGUCCACGUUUUAAUGGCUAUAAUACUGAUUCCGAUGGUGUCUACUACAAUGGUCCGCAACCUCAAGUUCCUCGUGCCAUUCUCUGUCCUGGCCAACAUCCUCACGGGAGCGGGAGUGAUCCUCACUAUGUACAUCUCUAUGCACGACCUGCCUCCCGUCACCUCCAGGAACGCGGUUGGCAGCAUUUCAACGAUUCCGCUGUUCUUCGGAACCAUAAUCUAUUGUUUUGAAGGUGUUGGAUUGGUCCUGCCACUCCAGAGUGAGAUGAAGAAUCCAGACAAGUUUGGAAGCAGGUUCGGAGUGCUGAACGUAGGCAUGACUAUCGUGGGGUGCGCCCUGCUCUGGGUGGGGUUCGUGGGAUACCUCAAGUACGGGGAAGAUGUAGCUGGCAGCCUCCCUCUCAACCUGCCUCAGGAUAGCCUGUUCUCUGAAGUGGUCCAAAUCACGAUAGCAGUUGGGCUCUUCUUUACCUACGCUCUUCAGCUCCACGUCGCUAUUACAUUUGUGUGGCCUGACUGCAAUCGUAAGUACGGGCCAUUCAAGCAUCCCGUGUUGGCUGAGUGUGGCAUUAAGCUGGUCUUGUCUCUUAUCACUUUUGUCGCAGCGGAAGUGGUGCCCAAGCUAGGAUUGUUCAUCUCCUUGCUGGGUUCUGUGAGCAGUACAGCCCUGGCUCUCGUGUUCCCACCUCUGUGCGACCUGGCACUACACUGGGGACACCAGCCAGGCUCACAUGUAUAGCCUCAAAUUUAUAUUACGUGAUGUUGCAGUUGUCUCAGCGGAAGUGGUGCCCAAGCUAGGAUUGUUCAUCUCCUUGCUGGGUUCUGUGAGCAGU